AUUAAAAUGUGCUGCAAAAACCGACGUCCGUUCCAGCUUUUCCCUCCCAAGUACAAAUGGACCAAGGCCUAUCUUCUCCGCCCGAUCGACAACAUCAUAUCCCAUCCGGAUGCGCUCCGAAAGCGACCAUUCAAACCUUCGUAUGAAUUGCAAGGUGCUCCGUACCUGCCGUGUCUGCUCCGGUACGACUAUUUGCGCAUUUGGCAGCAGGAACACCAGCGGUUUCAAUGCUGGAAGGCGUCGCAGGUUAGGCCACCGAAGAAGAAAUUCUCGCCCUAUCGAAGGUGCCCAAUACGGGGCACCUACUGCAAAUGUUCGGAGCAACCUCCCAAGCCCCGGUUCAUUCUGAAGCAGUUCCGUUGCAUUCCGGCCAAGGUGGACCAUUGCGGAAUCGACCUGAAGGCCAGGCGCCGUUGCCAGGAGAUGAUGUGUGCCGCCAAUGCUGCUGCCUGCAACAACGGUUCCGGGCAGGCAUGUUGUUCCGUUGAUCCGAUGAUGUAUUCGGAGGUUCCUUGUGGUUGAGGGGUGGUUAAAUUGGUUUGA